UUCUUUUUGUAUCGAUAAUAUUGUAUAAUAAAAAUGAAGCAAUUGAUUUUCGCUAUCAUAAUUAUUCUGAUUUGACAACUGUUCUUAAAAAUUUCGCUUCUCAGUAUCCAACAAAAACAGCAUUAUAUGAAAUAGGGAAAUCACAAGGAGGAAGAUCAUUAUGGGUUAUGGCAUUGAGUGCAUCGUCGCCAAAUGCACAUGUUUUACUUCGACCGGAGGUAAAAUAUAUAGCAAAUAUGCAUGGAAAUGAAGUUGUAGGAAAAGAAAUGUUACUGUAUCUAAUUGAAUAUCUCUUGACAUCAAAUGAUACAUUAGUUAAUCAAUUGAUGAAUCAAUCUCGAAUAUGGAUAAUGCCAUGUAUGAAUCCAGAUGGUUUAGAAAUAUCUCAAUAUGGUGAUUGUACAAGUACGAAUGGAAGAUAUACUGUGAAUAAUAUUGAUCUGAAUCGAAAUUUUCCAGAUUAUUAUGGUGCUACACUUGAUUCAUCAAUUCAAGCACAAGAAACAAGUGCAGUUAUAGCUUGGUUAGCAAAUAUCUCAUUCGUUCUAUCGGCUAAUUAUCAUGGAGGAUCCUUUACUAUGAAUACACCAUUUGAUCGUUAUUGUAAAAUAUUUUUUCUAAUUAAUAUCUAUAAUAAUUAUAUUGUUUUUUUUUGUUCUCCUCUUCCUCAAGAUGUUCAAGGUGUUUCAAUAAGUGAUGAUGAUGAUAUAUUUCAAACGCUAGCACAUGCUUAUGUGAAUCGAACAGUACAAACAAAUGAAAAUUGUUUAUCUGAUUAUCAAAAUGAUGGUUUUGUUACACGUGGUGCUGAUUGGUAUGAGAUAACCGGUGGUAUGCAAGAUUAUGGUUAUUUGAAUUAUGGUAUUAUUGAAUUAACAAUGGAAAUAUCAUGUUGUAAAUAUCCUGUAAAUAAUACUCUUCCUGCCUAUUGGAAUUAUAAUCGUGAUGCAAUGAUUCAAUAUUUAUUACAAGCACAAAGAGGUGUUAAAGGUUUAAUACUUAAUGAAUAUAAUCAAUCAAUACCAUCGACAGAAGUUAUGAUUGAUAAUCGAUGGCCUACUGUAAAAGUUACAUCAUUAGGUGAAUUUUGGAGAAUCUUAUUACCUGGAAAAUAUACUCUAAAGGUACUCUAUCGAAGUAAUGAAAUUUAUAAUCGAACAAUAAUAAUUCAAUAUUCAUCUUCACCAUUGAAUUUAACAAUUAUUAUACCUUCUUCAAUUUAUUUGCCUUAUAAGAAUGUAUCAACCCAAGGACAGUCUCUCUUUUCAGGGAAUAUAGUUCAUUCAUCAUCGUUUUCGUUAAUAGUUUUUUUUGAUCGUCGUCUUGAAUUAGCUGGUCUUGAUCUAUGGAGAAUGGCACGGAUUGAUAAUGUAUUUGUAUAUCCGUCUGAAAUAAAUAUCGAUCGUUUCAAAGAAGCACUCAGUCGUGCUCUUUCUUUAUGGCCUUUUAUUACUGGUCGUUCUCGUUUAGAUACCAACGAACAGUAUUUUAUAGAAAUGUCCGAUAAUCCUAUUCCAGUGGUAUUAUUCAAUGAUUACGAUUCCGUUAAAUGGCCUUUUGAUUCAAAUGUAAUUCGAGAUUUUUAUACAAAUUCACUUUCAACAUAUCUUGAUGAAGUUCGAGUAACAAAUUUGUUUGAUAAUACAAAUGAUGAACCACUUGUACGACUUAAAUUAACUCAUAUUAUACAAAGUAAUGAAUGGAUAUUGGGUAUAAGUUGGGCACAUGAAUUAGGUGAUGCUGCAUCUUGUUUAAAUUUUUCAAAUACUCUCUCACGUUUAUAUCAGCACAUGGAACCUCUUGAACCAUUACCAAUAUUUGAACGACGUUUAUGGAAAAAUAAUGAAAUUGAUUCAUCGCUUUUAUCCACAAUGAAACAUUUCCGUGAUACGAAACCAUUAGAAGAAAUGUGGAAAAAAUUUAUGAUCGAUCAAGAAGCAUAUGAUCAAGUUAAUCUAAGUUUUUCCGGUGAACAACUCGUAAAAUUAAGAACUUUAGCUGGUGAGGAUAAUAUAACAAUCCAAGAUGCACUUACAGCUUAUAUUAUUCUAACACUAAAUAAAUAUUGUUAUUAUAAUGAUGAUACACGUCGUAUUUUACGUACGAAUACAUCUGUAAAUUUUCGUGGUGUAUCUGACUCGAUUGCUUCUCCUGGUCAGAUUGGUAAUGCAGUAUUUAUGAUGUUAUCAGAUGAUUUUAAAGAUCCAUAUUCAUUAUCAUCUAUUGCAAAAACAAUACGUCAAUCAAUAAUAAAAUCACGAGAUUCAAAAUUUCUUGAACGUUGGUCAGCUACUGCUGACGAUGCAAUGAGACAAAUGAUUCAUAAUAAUCGACUUGCUGAUUUAGGAUUUGUACCAAAUGAUAUUAUAGUCAAUUCAAAUUUUAGAUAUGAUUGGGCAGAUUUAGUUGAUUUUGGUUAUAAAGAUAAAUGUCGAUUUUAUACAGGAUGGUCAGGUGCAUUUUAUCUCCGAGUAUUUCGUCUUAAUCCAAUAUGUAAAGGAAAGACAUGGUUAUCAAGAGAUCGAAAUUGUGCUGAAGUGAUAUUUCGAAUAGAGAAAGAUUUGAAAGCAAAAUUUCUUAAUAUGAUAAAAAGAGAUAUUGGAGAAAAUUUUAAAAACAUAAAUAAAUGA